AUGUCUUUAGCUCUUCAUGGACACCAUAUUUUAUUGAUCGCUACAUUAGCGUUUACUACAGCUGUUCUCACACCUAAUUGGUAUACAUCAACAGAUUUUCGAGUACAACGAAAUAUUUUUCAAAUAUGUGAUACUCAAUUAUCUUCCUAUACAUGUCAUUGGGUUUUUUUACAAAUAUCGAACGAUAGUUCAGCUGCAACAAUUUUGGCAACUGUUGUUGCUUCUUCAGCAAUAGGUUGUGCUGGAAUAAGUCUUAUAAGUCUUUUACUUAGUUCAUGGUAUAUUGAACGUUUAGCAGGUGAUAUUGGUUCAAAAUUGUUACUUAUAUUAAUAAUUAUUUUUGUUUUUAUCAGUUUUUUAUUAUCUUGUGCUGUUUGGUCAAUUAUGUUAACAAUAAAUUUAUAUGAAAAUAAUACAAAUAUUAAAUAUGUUCGUCUUGAAGAUUUUUCUUUUUCAUUUUGGAUUAAUAUUGGUGCAUCUGCUUCUUAUUUAUAUUGUUUUUUUAUUUAUCUCAUAGCUAUUUUCAGAAAUUGUUAA